CGGUCGACGUUGAGGGUUCUUGUAAUUGUGAAAUGGCAGCUGUGUGCAGCCAAAAAAUGGCUGUGAGAAAUCAGAUUCCAACAAAUCCUUUACCGACGGAUAGUUUCAGUAUACGUUGUGAAAAAUACUUCUCCGAGUUGAACCGGUGGUAAUUGUUUGAUUUGAUUAGUUUCAUUAAUCUUGACCCAUACAGGAUGUAGCGUUUGUUUGCAUGUCAAAACUUCCAACGUAAACACGCUUUUUUGUGAUUCGGUUACCCAUUUAGUUUUAUCACUACAUAUUACAAAGACCUGAUGGAAGUAUGGAGAUCAAUAUUUCUUGGACAAUUUCUGUCAGUUCUUCUGUGCACCAGUGCUGUGAUCAGCCAACUACUCUAUGCAAAUUAUGGAGUUGCGGCUCCCACUGCCCAGUGCUUUCUCAAUUAUGUCUUGCUGUGUUUGGUGUUUACCACAACUUUGGCAUGUCGACCAGGAGAAGGAGGAUUAUUGAGUGUACUGAGAAAAAGAGGCCUGAAGUAUUUCUUCCUUGCAAUAGCUGAUGUGGAAGCUAACUAUUUAGUUGUGCAAGCAUAUCAGUACACCACUUUAAGAAGUGCUCAACUAUUGGAUUGUUUUGCAAUCCCAGCAGUUCUUGUGCUUAGCAGAACUGUUCUCAAAGUGAGAUAUCAAAUUAUACAUGUUAUUGGAGUCAAAGUUUGCCUGGUAGGAAUAUUCUGCCUAGUAUGGGCAAUCCCUGAUGAAAAUAAUGAAACAGCAAAAGACAGAUUGAUUGGUGACCUGAUGUGCAUAGGUGGAGCACUGUUGUAUGGAAUAAUAAUCAUAGCUGAAGAGUAUGUAGUGAAAACAAUAGAUUGUGUUGAGUUUUUAGCCAUGAUCGGUCUAUUUGGAAGUGUAAUCAAUGGGGUGCAACUAGCUGCCUUGGAACAUGAACAAGUUGCAAGUAUUGACUGGUCAGAAUGGCGAGUUAUUGUCCUGUUGGCGGCUUUCACUCUCACGUUGUUUACCUACUACACAAUUACACCGAUCGUAAUGAAGAUAACAAGUGCAAUGGCUAUCAACUUAUCGCUUCUCACCGCUGAUUUUUACACGCUUGUCAUCGGCGUGCUACUGUUUCAGUUUAAAUAUGAUGUUAUGUACGCGCUAUCCUAUGCGCUGGUGGUGGCUGGAGUAGUGAUUUUCUGCUCACGCUCAGCACCCAUUUAUUCACAAACUUUUGGUCCAAGGUUAACUUUGCCUCGUACCAUUACAACAACGACGACAACGACCAAUAUGAGCUCACACAACUCAAGCCACGACAUGCAAUUCAAUAUGCAAAGCCUCGGUUGCCCACCGCCGCCACCACCGCCAGUUGUACGUUCUGGAAUGCCCGCGCACACUUCUAUAUCCUUACCUGUUUACUGCCAUAGUGCUGAGACGACGUAUGGCACCUACAGAAGGAGACGUCCUGGAACUGCAGUGAAAGACAGCGAAGAAUAUUACCAGGUUACUAGAAAUCCAGGACUUCAUGGUAGCCAGGUGGAAGAAUUGACGACAUCGUUCGACGGGCGAGAUUCAACGCCGGUCCCUGUGAAUACGCGAACUGGGUUAGAGUCUACACCUGCUCCGGAAAGAAUGCUUUUGGGUGGACGAGAACCAUGUCCACAAACACUUCCACAGCAACCACUGCGUCCCCUCCCUUCACUAGAUAGUACGUUUACUCAGACGGUGAAACUGAAACUGCCACCUAGUCCAAAUCUAGGAGGAUCGGGAACGAUGCAUUCCAACCGAAUGCAACAACUUCCUCACUGUACUCUUCCAAGGUCACGUGGACACAAAGAAGUUACUUUCAAUCCACAGGCUACGUUCCAAGUCUAUAGGAGGCCAAGCGCCUGUUACGAUGGAGAUGAACAACUGUAACACUAGUCAAAAGAACUGAUGCUGAGGCUAUCUUACGCAAUAAAACGGUCAUUUUCUCUUCCGCCACUGCCAUGACAAUUUGGGAAAAUACGUGUUAGCCCUAAAAUCGUUUUUCUAAAAAAAAAAAAAAAAAAAAAAAAGGCAAGUAAGACGACAUAACAAAAAGAAAAAGCCUCGUUGUAAGGACCAUUCUGGUUUUCUAUGACCAUCUCUUUUCUUUCUGUCUUUUUGUCUGCCCAUUUUCGUGAAACCUCCCGGUACUUAUGUCGGUAUCAUAUCCUUGUUCAACCUGUCUAAUCAUUUAAAGAUUUCUUCCUCUAAUUGUUGGUAUUUAUCAACAUUGACUUCCAAAUUCAUUUGUUCUAAGUUUUCACUAUAUACUGUAUUUCUUUGAGAUUCACAAUUUCGAAAAGCGUUCGUGGAUGAAUUAUUGCCCUGCAAACUUGUGUUCGUACGUUAUUGCAUACUGAAAAGAGCUUUCGGUUAACCUUAUGAUUUUCUAGUCAAUGUUCAAGUCUUCACUAAGUUUUUUGCUGCCAUAUACAUUUGUUAUCAAUUUCUGUA